CACAAGCAGAGAUAAUUAUCUAGUCAUACUAUUAAGCUUUGAUUACCUUCUAUUUAUCUCAAAAUGCCAAAGCCACGUUCAUCGCUCCCAAAUCUUCGCCCUGAAUAUGGAAGUGCGGAUCCUCGCGAGAGUCAGCACAUACCUUUUGUUCUCAAGCUUGAGCCACGGCCUAUAACUCAGAUCAAGCAAUCUGAUAGGCGUCCAGAUACUCGUCCUGAGACCUUUGACUCCCUUCUAAAAGAAGAGGCUUGCUUGAUCCUGAAGCAAGCUCGUGUAAUCCAUAAGCAGACAGAAAGGCUUCACCACCAAACGGAAACACUCCACCACCAAGCGGAAACACUCCACCAUCAAACAAAAACACUUCUGCGGGCUGGAACUCGUCAGAUGAGGGAAGAAUUCUAUCAGCUUUAUGGUGAAAUAGACGCCAAGCAGAACACGCCUGGGCCAUCUGAAGGCGCCUCUUUUACUCCAAAUAGUCCAACAACACCAACCGCAAUUAAAGAUAUGGAUUUUGGGGAUGAUAGGGUAGAUUCGGGUCAAUCAAAGUAAAGUCAAUGGCUUUCUUUUUUGACUCCAUAGUUAUUGGAGAUGAGAGAAUUGGGACAGGG